UCACAUUUUGUGACAGGUACAGCCUAUUAUAUUAACACCUCAAUCAUAAAAAUACAAUAUUCAUGGCUACCAAUAUAGGUCAGAUUAGUUAUGCUUCAACAAAUGUGUACGCACAUGUAGUACUGACUGGUUUGUGCAGCUACAUGCUGGUGUCGAAUUUUUCACAUGCAAGCACCACUCACAAUUUUUUUCAGAAAAUAUAAAUUCUAGGUAUUAUUAUUAUAGUUGUUUUUUUUUUUUUUUUUAAAGUAAUUUAUUUAUAAUUUGUAAGCUAUUAUAGUUGAGUGCAGAUAUUUAUAUCCCAUGGCUCUUGGGGAAAACAAACUUUUGGUUAGGUGGAAGGGCAUAUUUGCAUAAAACAGGAAGGUAUGUAAAUGUGCAAAUGGUGAGGGAACGAAGGAAUGCACAAAUGGUGAGGGAUUUUAACCAUCCACAUCUCAGUCAACAGAGAAACAAAGAAAAAAAGUGUCAACACAGGAACCAGGAAACAGAGAGGUGGGGCUGUGUAGGAGGGGAGAGUAUUAACAAUAAACUUAUCAGUAGUGUUUAGUAUGUUAUAAUGUAGUGCAGUAGAAUGUAGUACAGUUUGAUAUAGUUAUAUGAUAUUUAUUAUGGUAGAAAGCAGUAAAGGUAGUGUUUAGUAUUGUAGAAUGUAGUAUAGUGGGAUAUAGUAGUGUAGUAUUUAUUACAGUAGAAAGUACAGGUAGUGUUUAGUAUUGUAUAUAGUAGUGCAGUAUUUAUUAUGGUAGAAAGCAGUACAGGUAGUGUUUAGUAUUGUAUAUAAUAGUGCAGUAUUUAUUACGGUAGAAAGCAGUACAGGUAGUGUUUAGUAUUGUAUAUAGUAGUACAGUAUUUAUUACGGUAGAAAGCAGUACAGGUAGUGUUUAGUAUUGUAUAUAGUAGUGUAGUAUUUAUUACGGUAGAAAGCAGUACAGGUAGUGUUUAGUAUUGUAUAUAAUAGUGCAGUAUUUAUUACGGUAGAAAGCAGUACAGGUACGUUGGAGUAGCUGUUGUAAAAGACCUCUCCACAGGCGGACGUCAGCGUGAUGACGUCACCCCCUUUCCCCGUAAUAACAGUUGAAGGAAACCGGAGUUGCAGGUGUCGGUGCUGGCUAAACUAAGAUGUUACCCUUAUCCAUUAAAGAUGACGAAUACAAACCUGCAAAGUUCAAUCUAUUCCUCAAACUCUCUGGAUGGUUCAGAUCAAUUCUGGCUGACAAGACAUCGCGGAAUUUAUUUUUCUUCCUGUGCCUGAAUUUGUCCUUUGCCUUUGUGGAGUUAACGUACGGCAUUUGGAGUAACAGUUUAGGGCUGAUAUCAGAUUCCUUUCACAUGUUUUUCGACUGCACAGCACUCCUGGCAGGUCUUGCAGCAUCAGUAAUUUCACGGUGGAGGUCCAACGACUCCUUCUCAUACGGUUAUGUGAGAGCAGAAGUGCUGGCAGGUUUCGUCAACGGUCUCUUCCUCAUCUUCACUGCUUUUUUUAUCUUCUCAGAAGGAGUGGAGAGAGCGUUAGAACCUCCAGAUGUGCAUCAUGAACGCUUGCUGCCCGUGUCCAUUGCAGGGCUCCUCGUCAACCUCGUCGGCAUCUUCGUGUUCCAGCACGGAGGACACGGACACUCUCAUGGUGAAGAAGGUCAUGGGCACAGCCACUCUCUUUUUAACGGCAGUGUGGGACACGGCCACGGGGGACACGAACAUAGCCAUGGGGGACACGGACACAGCCAUGAUUCUAAACACGGGCACAGUCAUGGGCAUGGUCAUGAUCAUGGACACGAUCAUGGACAUGGCCAUUCACACGAGGAGCCUCACUGCCACGAUGAUCACUUUCACAGGCCGGAAAAGGGCUCCAGCAAACAGAUCUUACAAGGAGUUUUUCUCCACAUCGUCGCCGAUACAUUGGGAAGCAUCGGCGUCAUCAUCUCAGCCUUCCUGAUGCAGAAGUACGACUUGAUGAUCGCUGAUCCGAUCUGCUCCAUGCUCAUCGCCCUUCUCAUAGGCAUCAGUGUGGUUCCUCUGCUGAGGGAAUCCAUUGGGAUCCUGAUGCAGCGGACUCCACCUGCCCUUGACCAAACCCUUCCUGAGUGCUACCAGAGAGUGCAGCAGCUGCAGGGUGUGUAUAACUUGCAGGAGCCGCACUUCUGGACAUUGUGCACUGAUGUCUACAUCGGCACGCUGAAACUCCUCGUGGCUCCGGACGCCGAUUCCCGAUGGAUUCUCAGCCAGACGCACAACAUCUUCACACAGGCGGGAGUAAGGCAGCUGUACGUUCAGAUCGAUGUGGCGGCCAUGUAGGAGUUAAAUUGAUUCAGGAGUCCUGGGACCAAUGCCCUCUGUGCUGCUACAUGAAGCUCAUCACCAAACCCUGCCUCCUUUUAAUGCCCCAUCUCUUAAUUUCUUUGGGUUUCUCGAUGCCGUCAUCACUCAGUUGGACCAGUCUGGAGCGGCCACAGUGCAGUGCAGUACAGUACAGUACGGUACAUUGACUCUUUCUAGGAAAACCAAACAACAUGAAGACUACACUGUGGCCCCUGGUCAACAGCUGUCCAUGUUAGCUUUUUUUUUUAUUUUAAAUAUCCCUGAAAGACUUUCGUCUGUAUUUGGUGUCUCGUUCUCAUUACGGUCAGAAUGAGGUUUUAAUGUUAUGUUUGUGUAAGAAGGAAAAGCCUCUAGCAGUAUGUGAAGUGAAUCAUCGCUAGUAUUUUCUCUGUGGUCUGAUGUCUUUGCAGCUGCAGACGUCGGUCACUCGUGUUGUCCCGCACUUCAAUUCAGCAUCACGCUUUGAUCUCUUAAGUGCCUUCCCCCACAGUGCAUCUCUCGGACAAUCUCCCACACCUCUCCUUCAUUCAAUAUCUGGAAAAUCAUGGGUUAUUCCUGUAGGUUCAUUCUAGUUUUAACAUUCCUUUGCCUUUUUUUUACUGCAUGGUGUUCUCUAAUUGUUUGAAUCACUGAUUAUUUCUCAGAUCUCCACUCUAGUAAAACUGGAUGAAACACCAGCUUUAUUCAGCCAUAAAUGGAUCUGAUGAGCCACUUAAAUGUGAGAAGUCCAUAAUUUAAUUGCCCAUAUGGAUUUUUUUUAAAAAAAGAAACAAAACCUCUGUGCCACAGGCCAGUACAUUUGUGCAAUUCAAUAAAUUAUAUUGCCAUUUAAUUUGUACAUUUUUUUUUUUUUUUUGCAUUUGAUUGAAUAAAAUCACGAAUAAUCAUA